GAAAUUUCAGCCCAAAGCCAUUCCAGUCCUGUCUUCUGAAGGAAUACAGGAACGAUGGUGUUCUAGGCUAUAGGUGGCAACUGGAGGAGCUUCUUGUUCGUGUGCAAGAGGAAUCUGGCACAGAAGAAGAUGCUCCUCUUGGCAGUGCUGCUAACAAACCUACUGCUGGCCAUUGCAAUACCAGGACCAUCAGUUUCUUUGCUUCAGGAGUCAUCAGUUUCCCGUUGCAGCCUUUUUGGGAAUGAUCACAUCAAAACAUUUGAUGGUUCUUUCUACAAUUUUGCUGGGGACUGCAGCUACCUCCUUGCUGGGGACUGUCACAAGCACUCCUUCACACUCUUAGGUGACUACCGGGAUGGGGAGAAAACUGGUUUCUCUGUGUAUCUUGGAGAAUAUUUCAAUCUUCGCUUCUCCUUAGAUGGAGGUGUGAUGCAGGAAGACAAAAGGGUUUCUAUACCUUUUGCCUCCAAUGGCAUAUUUAUAGAGAAGGAGGCAGGUUAUUAUAAAAUAUCCAGCGAAGAGCAUGGCUUUGUGGUGAAGAUUGAUAUCAGUGGGAAUAUUCAGAUACUCCUUCAAGAAAAGCAUUAUAAUAUGACCUGUGGGUUGUGUGGCAACUCCAAUAAAUUUGCUGAAGAUGACUUCAGAACUCAGGAAGGGACCCUUGUGGGAAACAGUUACGAUUUUGCAAACUCCUGGGCUUUGCACAGUGAAAACAAGCGGUGCAAGAGAGUGCAGUCUCCAAGCAACACCUGCAAUAUUUCAUCUGAUAUUGCAGAGAAGGGCGUCAUGGAAACCUGCCAGCUGCUAAGAACAUCUUUGACCUUCUCCCGGUGCCACCAUCGAGUUGAUCCAGAACCGUAUAUUGAUCUCUGUGAAAGAGACAUCUGUGCCUGUACCCAGGGCAUGGACUGUCACUGCUCGGUCUUCCUUGAUUACGCAAGAAGCUGUGCUCACGAAGGAGUGAUUUUGGAUGGGUGGCCUGAAGAGAGCUCAUGCAGGCCAAGAUGUCCGGUUGGCAUGGAGUAUAAGGAAUGUGUAUCCCCUUGUGCCAAAACCUGCCAGAGCCUGAAUAUCAAUGAAGUGUGUCACGGACAAUGUGUUGAUGGCUGCAGCUGCCCUGAGGGGAAGCUCCUUGACGGUGAACACUGCAUUGAAAGCUCUGACUGUUCCUGCAUCCACUCUGGGAAACAUUAUCCUCCUGGCUUCACCAUCUCCCAGGACUGCAACUCAUGCAUCUGUCGACGUGGCACCUGGAUCUGCAGCAAUGGGGAAUGCCCAGGAGAAUGCUCUGUCACUGGCCAGUCCCAUUUCAAAAGCUUUGACAACAAGUAUUUCACCUUCAGUGGAAUUUGUCAGUACUUAUUUGCCAAGGACUGCGUGGAAAAUUCCUUUUCGGUGAUCAUCGAGACCGUGCAGUGUGCAGAUGAUCCUGAUGCUGUGUGCACUCGCUCAGCUUCCAUCCGAAUCCGGGAUAUGGACAACAGCCUCAUUAAAAUGAAACAUGGAGGAGGAAUUUCACUGAAUGGACAAGACGUACAGAUCCCCUUGCUACAAGGUGCCCUCCGUAUCCAGCGCAUGGUGAGGACUUCAGUUCGCCUUACCUAUGGGGAAGAUUUGCAGAUUGACUGGGAUGGUCAUGGUGAACUCCUAGUGAAGCUGUCUACAGUCUAUUCUGAAAGGAUGUGCGGGCUAUGUGGAAAUUACAAUGGUAACCAAGGGGAUGAUUUUCUUACACCUUCUGGCAUGGUCGAAGCUCUUCUGGAAGAUUUUGGAAAUUCCUGGAAGCUCAAUGCAGACUGCCAAGACUUGUCAAAACAAGACAGUGACCCCUGCAAUCUCAAUCCUCGUUUAGCCAAAUACGCUGAGGACUCCUGCUCAAUUCUGAUGUCUUCUGCAUUUGAACCCUGUCACCAUGAAGUCAGUCCCACUCCCUAUGUGAAGAACUGCCGCUUUGAUGUUUGCUCCUGCUCCAAUGGCAAGGAUUGUCUGUGCUCUGCUAUUGCUAAUUAUGCAGCAGCCUGUGCUAGGAAGAACGUCCUGGUCCAGUGGAGGGAACCUGACUUCUGCCCAAUGACCUGUCCUGAAGGCCAAGUGUACCGUCAGUGUGGGAUGCCGUGCAACCAGACCUGCAGAUCUCUGUCCUACCCAGAUGAGGACUGUGAAGAACUCUGCGUGGAAGGAUGCUACUGUCCCCCUGGGCAUUACCUGGACGAGCGUGAGCAGUGUGUACCAAAGUCCCACUGUUCUUGUUACUAUGAUGGUGAGAUCUUCCAGCCAGAGGAUGUCUUUUCAGAUCAUUUCACCAUGUGCUAUUGUGAAAAUGGUUUCAUGCACUGCAGUACAAACAGAGCUCCUGGUGCCUUCCUGACAGAUGUUUUUACUGAUGAGAGGCCAUCUGCCAGAAUAAAAAGGAGUUUGACAUGCAGAUCUCCCAUGGAAAGAUUUGUCUGUCCUGCAAACAACCCAAGAGCUGAAGGGUUGGAGUGUACCAAGACCUGCCAGAAUUAUGACUUAGAAUGCAUCAGCCAUGGCUGCAUAUCUGGAUGCCUCUGUCCAAAAGGGAUGGUGCGACAUGAAAACAGGUGUGUUGCUCCUGAGAGAUGCCCGUGUUUUCACAAUGGAAGAGAAUAUGCCAAGGGAGAGACAGUGACUAAUGACUGCAACACCUGUGUGUGCCGUGGUCGAAAGUGGGAAUGCACCAAAAAUACGUGUGGUGGCACCUGCACCGUUAUUGGUACAGCUCAUUAUUUGACAUUUGAUGGAUUGAAAUACAAGUUUCCAGGAAACUGUCAAUAUGUAUUAGUUCAGGAUUUCUGCAAGGACGACCCUGGGACAUUCCGGAUACUAAUUUCAAAUGAAGGCUGUGGCUUCACUGGAGAAAAGUGCACCAAAAGGGUUAUCAUUCUGUAUGAAAGUGGCGAAAUAGAGUUGUUUAAUGGAAACGUAAACAUCAAGGUACCUCCUAAAGAUGGCAAUGAUUUAGAAGUCAUGAGGUCUGGCCGUUAUUACAUAAUUUUCCUGGGCAAAAGCAUCAGUGUGACCUGGGAUCUGGCCAUGGGAGUCUCAGUUAUCUUAAACGGCAAUUUCAAAGAUCAAGUGUGUGGUCUGUGUGGAAAUUUUGAUGGAAUCCAAAACAAUGAUUUGACCAGCAGCAAUGAACAUCUUGAAGUAGAUCCAGUUGACUUUGGGAAUUCUUGGAAAGUUAAUCCAUACUGUGCUGAUGUUGAAAAGCCCAACCGGGAACAGACCUUGAUUUCUCCGCUGUGUAAUGGAAAUGUAGUGAAGCAGAUGAUGGUAGAAACAUCAUGCAGUAUUUUGUCUGGGGAUGUCUUUGAAGAAUGCAAAAAGCUUGUGAACCCUGAGCCCUACAUAGAUAUUUGCAUGUAUGACACUUGUGCUUGUGAAUCUAUUGGGGACUGUGCUUGCUUCUGUGACGCUAUAGCAGCCUAUGCACACGUCUGUGCACAAAAAGGUGUUGCUGUUCACUGGAGGUCACCAGCUCUGUGCCCACAAAGCUGUGAGGACCUGAAUAAACAAGAACUGGAUUAUCGAUGUGAGUGGCGAUAUAAUAGCUGUGGACCUGCUUGUCCCAUAACGUGCCAGCACCCACAGCCUUUGGAGUGCCCUCUGCGGUGUGUGGAAGGAUGCCAUGUACACUGUCCUGCAGGGAAAAUUCUUGAUGAACUGUCCCUGGAUUGUGUCAGCUCAGAAGACUGUCCUGUGUGUGCAGUUGGAGAUGUCAAGAUUCCGCAUGGAAGGAGAAUAGUUUUGAACAGAGAUGAUCCACAGAGCUGUCAAUCUUGCCUGUGUGAAGGGAAGAACUUAACCUGUGUAGCCUGUGAACCAGUGGAAGACACCCUAACACCGACAACGCCUGUUCCAGAGGAGGACAUUGAACUAACACCCAGUGAAUACUCAUGCAGCAAGAUGAUGGACUUAGCCUUCCUAAUGGAUGGCUCCAAUAAACUGUCAGAGGAGGACUUUGAACAGCUAAAGACUUUCAUAACUGGCAUGAUGAAGAAACUCCACAUCUCUCAGAAGAAAAUCCGAGUGUCAAUUCUGGUGUACAGGGCUGGCCCCACAAUCUAUCUUGGCCUUAAAGAUAUCAAAACACAGUCCCAGAUGAGAAAAAUUGUCCAAAGCAUAAAAUACACAGGUGAUGAAGUAGCAUCUGCCGCUGAAGUCCUUAAAUACACUGUGUUUCAUGUGUUUGGAAAAGCAGAAAGGACCAAUGCUGCCAGAAUUGCAGUGCUAUUUAUAGCAAGCAAAUCUCCAGGAAAACUCCGUAGCAUCCUCACAGCUUUGAAGAAUAAAAAAAUCACAGUAAUGCCUGUGGGGAUUGGACCUUACGUUAAUGUGGAGCAAAUCAGGUUCAUUGAAAAGCAGUCACCAGACAAUAAAGCCUUUCUAAUGAACAACGUGUUAGAGCUAAUGGAUAAUAGGGAUCUCCUCAUUGAUCAUCUGUGUGAUCUUGGACCUGAAGAAGGUCCUCUGAUAGAAGCUACAUCCACUCCAACAAUAUCCAGUGUCUUAUUUCCCUCUGUGGGUCUCACAGCACCACCACCCAUUUCAGAAAAACCCACCAGCAAAAGGCUGGACAUUGCUUUUAUUGUGGAAGGAUCCGACAAUGUUGGGGAGGAAAACUUCAAUAUCAUCAAAAAGUUCCUUGAGAGGGUGAUCACAGGAAUGAAUGUAGGACAGGAAGACAUUCAUGUUACAGUCAUGCAGUAUUCAGAGACUGUCAGUCUGGAGUAUUCCUUUAGGGAAAUACAGUCAAAGGAGAGUAUUAUUGAGAAGGUGAGGAACAUACCCUACCAAGGAGGGAAGGCUACCAACACUGGAAGUGCCCUCGAUUAUAUUUCCAAACACACGUUUACACCAGUGAAUGGGGGCAGGCAAGAUGUUCCUCACUUGGUAUAUAUGGUGUCAUCCAGCCCUUCCACUGAUGUUAUCACACGACCUCCCAGGAGCAUAAAUGUUAUUCCCAUAGGCAUAACCCCCAGUGCAAAUAUUGAAGAGCUCAGAAGGAUCAGUCAGCCUAAUCACCCAAUAAUCUUGCACAGUUAUAGCACACUAAUUGAAGAAGCACCUGAAUUAGUGCUGCAGUCAUGCUGUUCUCAUAAACUUUGGACAGAAAUUCCAGAGCUGUGCAACAAACCAAUGGAUGUUAUGUUUCUUCUGGAUGGAAGUUCCAAUAUUGGAGCAUCAGAGUUUGAGGAAAUGAAAAACUUUGUACAGGCAUUCAUUAGAAGUGUUGAGAUCAGCAAUACUUCAAUUCAUGUGUCAGUUCUCCAGUAUGCCAGGGAAAAUAAUCUAGAAAUUUCAUGGAAUAUGCCUCAAGAGACUGAAAACCUUGUAGAGAUGGUGCACUCAAUUCAACAAAGGGAGCAAGGUCCUACCAGACUCGGAAAAGCCAUUGAUUUUGUAGUUCAGAAUGCAAUGUCGGAAUCCCAUGGGGGGAGACCCAGUGCAUCAAAGGUCGCAAUAGUUAUCGUGUCGGGGAGAUCAGAAGACACUGUGGAGGCUGCUGCACUUUCUGCAAGAACGAACAGGGUAUCCCUGUUUCCAAUUGGGGUUGGGAACACAUAUGAUGAAGAGCAACUGAGGACUUUGACUGGGCCAUCAGCUGCUAACAGAAUCAUGAAGCUUCAGAAUUUUGAAGACUUAUCCACUAUGAUCACAUUGAAUAGUGAAUUUAUCAAAAAAGUCUGCAUGGACCCUGUCAGAGAAUGUAUAGAUGAGGAUGGAAACAAAAAGAAACCUGGUGACAAAUGGACAUUACCGGACCAGUGCCACACUGUGACAUGCUUUCCAGGAGAUUACACAGUUCUGGAGAGUCACCAAAUUAACUGUGAGAGGAUGCCAAAACCGGUAUGUCACAGCAAUCUUCCUGCUGUUAAGAUUGAAGAAACUUGUGGCUGCCGAUGGAUGUGUCCAUGUGUCUGUAUAGGCAGUUCAUCUCGACAUAUUGUGACUUUUGAUGGGCUAAAUUUUAAGCUGACUGGCAAUUGCUCCUACACAUUGUUUCGAGAUGUGCAAAAUGAUGUUGAAGUUCUCCUCCAUGAAGGACCGUGCAGACCAACACCAAAGAUGAACUGUAUGGACUCCAUUGAAGUGAAACAUCGUGGUGUAUCUGUUCAGCUCUUCAGUGACAUGGCAGUGGCUGUUAAUGGUGAAAGGGUUCAUAUUCCCUAUUCUAGCAGUUUGUUUGAAGUCACUGUCUAUGGAGCAAUAAUGCACGAACUCAAGUUCUCCCAUUAUGGACAUAAUCUCACAUUUACUCCAAGAAACAAUGAAUUUAUUCUUAAACUUAAUUCAAAGAGCUUUUCCUCAGGAACACGAGGGCUAUGUGGGGUGUGUGACCAGAACCACAUCAAUGACUUCACGUUACGUGAUGGCUCUGUCACUCCUGACAGCAGCGUGUUUAUCCAAGACUGGAUGGUGGAAGAACCAGGGAAGAUCUGUGAAAUCCAGAGAGAAGACAGAUGCUCUGAGUACACAACAAGCCACUGCCACCUUCUGCUCUCAGAUCUGUUUGCAGAGUGCCACAGGGUAAUCUCCCCCAACAUGUUCUACGAGGCCUGCGCAGAAAGCAGCUGCUAUGAGGACGAAGCCUGUGAGAUGAUAACUUCCUAUGCUCACAUCUGCAGGGAAAAUGGAGUCUGCAUAGACUGGAGAACACCUGAAUUUUGUCCAAUGAAAUGUCCCACAUAUUUGACAUACGAUCACUGUCACAAAGCCUGCAUAAAGCACUGUGAGAAUAGUACCAAACUCAGUGUCUGCAAGGAUUAUCCCACAGAAGGCUGUUUCUGUCCAGACAGACAGGUGAUUUUUAAUGACAGCUGUGUUGAUGAAGAAGUCUGCACACAAUGCGUCAGUGAAGAUGGCACAUACCAUCAGCACAUGGAAACAUGGAUUCCUGCUAAUGAGCCUUGCAAGAUCUGCACGUGUCUUGAUAACAAGAAAAUAAACUGCACCGUCCGACCUUGCCCUACUGUGAAACCUGUUCAAUGUGGUCCCUGUGAAGUCCCUCGCCUGCGCAGGGACCCUGGCCAGUGCUGCCCCAAUUAUGAGUGUGUCUGUGAUCUGGUUUCCUGUGAUUUGCCUCCUGCCCCCACCUGUGAGUUUGGCUUGCAGCUUGCUCUGACCAACCCUGGAGAAUGCAGACCAAAUUACACAUGUGCAUGUAACAGAGAAGCAUGCAGCUUAGUUCAAAGACCUUCCUGCCCACCACAUCGAGAGCUGACUGUUAAGAAGACUGAGUGCUGCGAUAAAUAUGAGUGUACCUGCAGCUGCACUAACUCAACAGUGAGCUGCCCUCUGGGGUAUCUAUCCAGAUCUGUCACCAAUGACUGCGGCUGCAUAUCUACCACCUGUGCUCCAGGCAUGGUGUGUGUGCACAAAAACAUAGUCUACCCCAUUGGGACAACCUGGGAAGAUGGUUGCAGGGAAUGCUCUUGCACUAGUAUGAAGGAUGAUGUUACGGGACUUCGGAUGAUGGAGUGUCAUGACAAAGCAUGUCACACAUUCUGCGCUCGGGGAUACAAGUAUACCGUCCAAGAGGGGGAGUGCUGUGGGAGAUGCCAGAAGACUGCCUGUGAGGAGCAACUAUUCUGGUCUUGGGGUGAUGCAGAUCCUCGUUUGCAUGAGGUUGGCACAGAGUGGCGAUCCCCCUUCAAUCAUUGCAUUAUCAAUGAGUGCGUCCAGGUGAACAAUGAGGUUUUUGUGCAGCAAAAGAAUGUUUCUUGCUCUCAAAUGGAUGUGCCUGACUGUCCAGAGGGAACUGAACUACGCUGUGACCAAAUAAUAGACUGCUGUACUUCUUGCAGAUGUGUACCUCUGAAUGGUUGUCAUGUGAACGGCACUGUUAUUGCGCCAUGGAGACAUCUGAUGAUGGAUCAAUGCACAACAUGUCUCUGCUCCCUCCAGUCAACAACUUCUCGAAGAUAUACUCUGACAUGUACAAAAUUAAGCUGUGAACCAUGCCCAACAAAUACCAGAAGGCAGGAAAUCCCUGGCUCUUGCUGUGGAAAAUGUGUGCAAACUUCAUGUGCCAUCAGGCUGAGAGAUGGAAGGCUUAAAUACCUUCAGCCAAAUGAAUCACUUCAGGAUGGCUGUGAUAAUCACUCCUGUAACAUAAAUGAGAAAGGGGAAUUUAUCUGGGAAAGGAGAAUCACUAUCUGUCCUCCAUUUGAUUCCAGAAGAUGUUUGGCUGAAGGAGGCAGAAUUGCAAAAGUUGGCAAUACCUGCUGUGACACAUGUGUGAAAUUGGAAUGUCGACCAGUAAGUACCAGGCUGCAGUAUUCAAAUAUCAACGGAUGUGUGGCUGAAAAGGAAGUGCCUAUUUCUCAUUGCGAGGGGAAGUGCAGAAGCAACACCAGAUACUCAGUUCAGACAGGGAAAUGGGAAGACCUGUGCAGCUGCUGUACAGCCACUCAAACGACGACAGUCACAAUCCCUCUCCGGUGUGCCAAUGGGACGGUGGUGCAGCAUUACAUCCCUUCUGCCUCUCAGUGUGAAUGCUAUUCUCGGAAGUGUACAGACUGAAUAUUUCCAAAAAACGCAGUUGUGUAAUCUUAAGUUUUGUGAUGAGGGAGCAAGCCUCAUUUUCUCUCUGUAGACCAUUUUAUCCAGUAGAAUCCUGACUAACUAAUUGUAUCAGCAUAGCAAACAGUAAAACUUACUAGCACAACA